AUGGGAUCUCAUAUUCAGCCAUCACGAUUUUUAGAUAGUGCUAUACUAUCGUUAUUUGCCAUGGUAAUUUCGGCAUCUUUCCUUUAUAUGUUUUCAGAAUUUUAUUUGUUAGCAUUUGAAUCUAAAUUGUUUGACAACAAAACAUUCGAAUACAACUUAACCCAUAUUUUACUCUUUACCCUAUGUAUAAUUUUACUUAGCCUUAAACCUGACUAUAGCUUCUGCAAACUUAGCUCAAGGGAAUCUAGAAGAUACCAAGGAAAAGAAGAAUCAUCUAGAAUGGAUGAUGCUGACAGAUCUCAAAGAGACAAAAAAAAAUAA